AUGGACAGCGGACCCCCUCUCGUUCAACAGCACCCAGCUGCUCAUCCAACAACAACCGUCUCCGAUACCACUUUUCUCCAGACCAACAACAACAACAAUAACAACGAGACACCUGCUGCGUUACCAGUACCUCCAGUAAACCUUGACGACGGAUACUUGCCCUUGGACGGGUCCACAACCACGACUCUAUCCUUCGAGAGCGGCAUCCACCCUGCAUUGACCACAAUAGACAUUGCCUCGGCCAACGCCGAUGCAGCCGACCAGCUUGCAAAGCAGUUCCCCAACCAACAGACCACCGUCCUCACCGACACUCUCUCCUCCUUCACCUCUAACCGGUCCAGUAUCUACAGUGGCACCAGCAAUAACAACAACAACAUCAACCUCCUCUCGACCGUUUCCUCAGCUACCUCGUCCGCAUCAAGACGGAGCUCGAUGCAGUUGUCCAAGGUGGAGGUCAGAGAGACCCUGGACGCCUCGUUGACAGAAAACGCGGACGGGUUCCAUCAAUUGAAGCAGUACAUCCUCAUCAAGGAGAUCGGAAGGGGCGCCUUUGGAAAGGUCCACCUUGCCCAGGACGAGAACACCAACAUCCGCUACGCCGUAAAAGAGUUCAGCAAGUCCAAACUGAGGAAAAAGGACAAGGCGAACCUGUUCAAAUUAGGACCCCGUGGCAGAGGACGUGGACGGAGAGGGCCCGAGGCACCUAGCCCAUUGACAAGCGAAUCGUCUCCUCUCGACUUGAUCCGGGGAGAGGUUGCCAUCUUGAAGAAACUUCACCAUCCCAACAUCGUCAAGCUGUACGAGGUUCUGGAUGUAUCUGCAGAGGACUCAAUGUACAUGGUGUUCGAGUAUUGCGAGAAGGGUGUCUUAAUGCCAGUGUCUUUGACAGAAAAGUUCGAGAAUGUCUUUUCUGACGCCGAGUGCCGCGAUGUCUUCCAGCAGAUGAUCCUCGGAAUCGAAUACCUCCACGAGCACGAUAUUAUCCAUCGAGACAUCAAACCCGACAACUUGCUGCGAUCAGGAGAUGGGACGGUCAAGAUUGUGGACUUCGGCGUGUCAGAAAUGUUCAACAAGAAGGGUGACGACCUGACAAAAAAGUCAGCGGGAAGCCCUGCGUUCAUGGCACCCGAGCUCUGCCGACACGACCAUGGAGAGGUCUCUGGGCGUGCCACAGAUGUCUGGUCCAUGGGCGUCACUCUCUACUGUAUCCGCUACGGAACUCUUCCUUAUGUCUCCGAGUCCAUCCUGGAAAUGCAUCGUGUGAUUCGGGAGGAGGAUUACCAGAUCCCGAACGAGGAGACGGAGGAUCCGCUUUUUGUUGCGUUGAUCCACAAAUUGUUGGAGAAGGACCCCGCCAAGCGUAUCACCAUCGACCAGCUCCGCACGGACCCUUGGGUGACCAACAGCGACAGGGAGCCAUUGGUAUCCAAGGACGAGAACACCGCCAACGCUGUGACAGAGGUCACCGAGGAGGAUCUUCGCAGCGCUGUCCAAAAGAUUAAUAGCCUCGCGACUGUGAUCAAGGCGAUUGCCAGACUGAAGCGUGGUAUCAAGAGCCCUGCAUCUCGCCCCAUCGUCGCAGCGGCUGCACUACAGAGUUUCGAGAGCACCAUCAGUGACAGGAUGCAGGAUGCCGACGAAGAUGCUACGCCUACUGCAGCGCCCAUUGUCACACCCAACUCAGCAAACACCACCCCGACCGCCACCGAGACUACUAGUACCACAGAGAGCAAGAAGGUCAGUCUGGAGGGUUCAAUGGACGACAUUUCAUUACAGGAGGACACCAAGCUUGCUCACUCUGAGCAAAACCCCGAGGAGAAGGCUGAAGUGAAGGAGGCUGCGGAGGGGAAGCCUGCCGACGAAGACCCACAGGGAUACGAGGUGUGCGACUUCGAAACGGGAAUGUGUUACUGGGUCCCUGCCAAGAAGUCUCCUAACGCCACCACAACAUCUACACCUGCCCCCGAGCCAGCUCCCACCGCCAUUGGCGCUGAAGUUGCCAAGGAGGAAUCAGUCGAUGAGGAUGCCAAGGUGGAUGAAAAGGAGAAGCUCGUCAAGGAAAAUGAGAGGGAGGAGGAGGAGACUCUUGCACCCCCUGUAGAGAUCACGACGACGGCGCCUGCAGAGGACAAGGAAAUCGAGCCUUCAACAGCAACGACGGCCACGAGUACGACAAAGAACAAGAAGGACAAGGCGGAGACGGGUGCUGAACAGGAUGGAUACCAAGUCUGCGACUUUGCGACCGGAAUGUGCUAUUGGGUCCCUGCCAAGAAGGCCAAAGUGGAUCCCGAGCAGUCAACAGCAUCUGAAGUAACAGAAGAGACAGAAAAAGGUGAGACGACAAAGGUUGCAGAGUCAGUGGUGGUGGCGACAGUGCCGUCAUCCCCUGCUUCGGGGCUGGACCCUGGACGGGCGAUGGAGGAGGCUAGUAGUGGAGCAAGGACACCUGUGUCUGGAUCGCCGACUGAACAGUCGCCGGUGCCUUCUCCUGGAUCGUUGAACCCAGGCCCACGGUUGGUUGGCAAGCUGUCGAGAGAUCGUCUUGCUAUGUUUGAGAACUCGUAA